UGAGCAGGUCAGAGGUAGGUCUGCUGUGAUCAUGAGCUUGCUGCUGUUGCUUCUAUGGGCGACUGUGCUGCACCUGGAGUCCACACAAGGACUCGUUCGGCUGAAGCUGAAGGGGGUGAACGCUCCGUGCCAGGGCUACAUCCAAGUCUUUCGCGAGGGGGUCUGGGGGUUCGUAGGCGACCAGGACUGGACCGACGCUAACGAACAGGUGGUCUGUCGGAGCGCCGGUUGCGGAGCGCGAGAUGCGUCAACCGCGCGAGAGCGCUUCGUGAUGCACCCCAGCCCGGGUGAUGUCACCUGGAUGAACGAGGUGAAGUGUUUUGGAACCGAGGAACACCUCUGGCUUUGCCAUUUCCCCGGGUGGAACGUCAGCAUCUACAACAAGGACACCGUCCGCAUGAUUUAUUGCACAGAGAAUAUCUCGCUGAGCCUGAGCAAAGGCGAGGGCGCGUGCGCUGGGAGCUUGCUCAUCAACAGUUCCUCCGGGCCGGGCUUCCUCUGCGCUGACAAGUCGGUGUCAGAUGUUGCAGCGAAGCUUGCGUGUGCGGCUCUGGAAUGCGGAGGGAUGAGGAAGACCCACCUGCCCAGGGGGCUGCCUGCCGGCCAUGCCUCCAUGAGGGCCUUCUCCCUGGGCUCGUGUUUGGGCGACGAGCAGCACCUCUGGCAGUGUGGGGUCAAGCCCGACACCAAAUGCACACAGCCUUUAUCCAUCACCUGCUCAGGCCACACCAAACUGAGUAUCAGCGGGAGGAACAUGUGCGCCGGCCCCCUGCUGGUGGAGAAAGGAAGCACGUGGACGCCGGUCUGCCAGAGCUCGUUCAGCCUGAACGACACGACCCCUAGCAGCAUGUGUCUCCAGAUGAGGUGUGGCUCCUCUGGACGUCUGGAGCCAGCCCAGUGUAACGGCUCCACCCCCCUCACCCUCACCUGCUCAGCCUCUCUAGACGAGGCCCAGCUGGUGCUGAUGCACAACAGGAAGCCCUCUCACUGCUUCGGCUCGGUGCAUGUGAACCGCUCGGGGGUGUUGGAGGGGGUGUGUAGCGACGGCUGGGACAAGACGGACGGUGCUGUGGUCUGCAGAGAGCUGGGCUGCGGGGCGGUGAUCUACCCCGAGGAGGGCAGCAUCACCCAGGGUGGGAGCAUCACUCAGGCUGGGAGGUUCAACAUGGUGGAAUGUGAGAAGAACGACCUGCAUCUCCUGCACUGUCUAUCCAGGUACGAGCAGAGGAGCAUCUCCUGCAAGGAGGCCCGUGUGGUGUGCACAGACAGUAUGAAGGUGCGCUUGGUGGACGGGCCGGGGCGGUGCGCAGGCCGGGUGGAGCUCCAGUACGAAGGGUCCUGGUGGAGGGUGAGCGAGGAAGGCUGGAUAAGAGCUAACUCCGACAGCGUUUGUGGGAGUCUGGGGUGUGGGCUGUCACAGACGACCACGGAUCGUUUCUUCCAGGGGACAGGUGAGGUGUUCAGCCACAAGCUCGUAUGUCCCACUGGGUCUGAUCGCCUGGCCAACUGCAGCAUCAGCAUCAACUUCAGACCUGCAGUGAACCUACAGACCAAGAUGAAGAUGCUGACUUGUAAAGACCAUGCACUGCUGUACCUGUCAGGGGGGUCUGGCUGCUCAGGUGUGGUGCAGGUGCAGAACGAUGGCCACACCUACUUCCUGUCUGGGUCCAACUCCACCUGGCACCAGGACUCCGCCCACGUCGUCUGCAGACACCUGCGCUGCGGAGCCAGUGUGUCCUUCACCACCAUCAACGCCAGUGACGUCAGUGACGUCAGUCACCAGCGCAUGCGCUCCUACAACUGCUCGUCCAGGGAGGAUUCUCUAUUUGACUGUCCAAUGACUGAGGGUCAGACUGAGGGAGCCAAUCAGAGCGAGGUAGCCGUCGUCAGAUGUUCAGGAUCCCGGAGCAUGCGCCUGCAGACCUCGUGCUGGGGGCAGGUGGAGGUGUGUGUGGACGCGGACUGUCGGGCCCUGUCCCAGGAGGGCUUGACGGAAGGCCAGGCCCAGAGGCUGUGCGAGGACCUGGGGUGCGGAAACACCCUGCCCCCGACAGCAGACCGGGUGGAGCAGAAAGUGGGCGUGUCCUUCCUCAGCCUGCACCAAGCCCAGGCCAGCCUGCCACUGGAACAGGCCAGCAUGGUGCCCUGCAGGGGGGAGCUGUGCACCACCAGGCCGGCCGCACACGUGUUCUGCUCAGGCAGCAUCACGGCCCAACUAGUAGAUCCCAGAGACAAGUGCUCGGGGAACGUGGAGAUGUUCUACCCGGGCAAGACCAGGCUGGUCUGCCAGGAGGCCCUCCAGAAGGCCGAAGCCAAGAAUGCCAUCUGCAGCGAGCUGGGCUGCGGCACGCCUCUCAGUCUGCUCCAGUACUUUGGCUCACCGCGCCUCAGGGGCCUCAGCGUGGCCUCGCUCGUUUGCCCACCGUGGAGCAGCAGGACCAGGAACUGCUCUGUCUCCCUGGAGCAGUCCUGCUCUCCUGUCGGCCUCCGGUGCUCUGAGUGGAGGAGGAUGAUGCUGAAACUGCCGGAUGCUCCGGAGGCGAAGUGCGAGGGCGUGGUGUUUGUGUACAGCGAGCGUGGCUGCACUCGUGUCCCCUCCGAGGGCUGGACCGCCGCAGAGGGCCGCGUGCUCUGUAACAACCUGGGCUGCGGGGACUACAAGUCCCACGAGUCCAGAGUCAGCAGCAGCACUUCCUGGUGGGACCGUAGCUACCGCUGUGGCAACGACAGCAACAUCUGGGAGUGUGAACGCAACGAGACCACGACUAGCAGGAAGCAGCUCUACCUACGCUGCAAUGGCACCUACCCCUCCACCCACCGCCGGGCCUCCCCCCUCCCAAAGACCUCCACCCUUCAGGGGAACUGCUCUGGGGAGCUGUUCCUGGGUGACUUGGGGGUGUGUGACGCUGGCUGGAGCCGCAAUGAGUCUCAGAUAGCCUGCCAGGGCUGCAGCAAUGCCAUCGACAUCAAGUCCACGCCCACGAGUGGAGGAGUAAAGGGGCUGUACGUCAGCUGUCUGGGCUCUGAGGACCAGCUGGGACAGUGUAAGACCAUCCAUGGGAGCUGCAGCACAGGGCUGGUGUCUGUGGCCUGCGUAGCCGGGGUGGAAGUCAACGUGUCCAGGAAGUGUGGGGGGCGUGUCCUGGUGCGUUACCGUGGCACCUGGGAGCCUGUGUGCCCCCUGCAGGGCAAGAAGAAGGAAGCAGACCUCCUGUGUGAUAAGCUGGGCUGCUUCUCCUCUGAGUCCAUGACCACAAAGCCGGCUUCAAUUACGCCGGAGACCGCCCUGCGCUGCGAGGACAAACACACGGACAUCAAGUACUGCGUCCAGCAGGAGAUCUGCAAGGAAAGAUAUGCCGACGCUUACGUCUACUGCAAAGGUUACCAGGAAGAACCCCACCCCUCAGAGCUCCCCGUGUCCCUGGUGGUGGGGCUGUCCCUGGGGGCGCUGGCCCUGGUCACACUGGGCCUCCUCUGCUUCUUCCUCCGGGAACGCUUGGUCUACAGCGUCAAACUUACAUUUUUAGGAAGGUCCGUAAGGAAACAGUCAUCUUUUGAGAGUGGAGAUUACGAGGAGCCAGACCUCAACCAGAUGGACACCCUGACCGGCCUGGGAGUGAACGGUCGCAGAGCCUCUGACUCCUCCCAGUCCUACGACGACAUUGCUGGGGAGGACGACGCUGCCGCCCAGACCCUCACCGCCGGUGGACCGGCCGUAACCAAGCAGGACCGCAGCCAUGUGAACCUGUUGGCAGAGCCGGCUUCCUUCGAGGUACAGCAGGAGGACUCCCAGGGUAGCUAUGAUGACGUCAGCUCCAUCCCCAUGGCAAUCAUAGAGGAGGCCGUCCUGGUCCAUGAGAUCCCCGACAUCCCGCAACAUCACCAUGACGAUGAGCCAGGACAGCCGAACGGUCGCCAUGGUGACGUAGAAGCAGAGGAGGAGGAGGAUGAGGAAGGUUACCUAAAGCCAGACCAGCAGGUGUAGAGAGAGGCUGGGGUGAUCAGGUUUAAACACACUCUGCUGGUGUGUAGAUUAACACGUCUUCAACAAACUAUGCAUUGGGCUUGAUAUACACAAGGUUGUAUUUUUAUUAUAAUUAUUAUAGCCUAUACAUUUAAUAUUAAUAAAUACACAUCUUCAACAAACUAUGCAUUUGGCUUGGUAUACACAAGGUUAUAUUUAAAUUAUGAAUAUAUGUAAUAAUAUGAUUAUUGCUUUAAUAUUUGUAUUAUUAUUUUGAUAUAGAGAUAAAUAAUCCUUUUUUUUUUUUUACUAAACAUGUAAUUAGGAGUAUGGCAGUUCCUAACUGUUUCCGUAUCUCUCUAAGCCCAUUGUAUUUUUAUUUUACAUUUAUGAUUUUUUAUUUAGCAAACGCUUGUAUCCAAAGCGAGUCACAGGCAGCAACUGUAACCAUGUCUGGUGGUUUUUGUAAUGCUUCGUAGCGAAACAACAUGACGUGACAUUCAUGUCGGUCUCUAAGACAACACGCUCCAAGCUGUGAAACGAAUCCAUGAGUUUAAAUUCACCGCACAUCAGUGGAGUAGCUACGUGAUGCGCAUCAACGCUAUCGUCUGCGGAACACACGCAUUUCUGGAACAUGACCUAGCGAAAAAGAAGUUCCUGCCAGACAGGAAACAUGAUUUAUUAGCUGUUGUUUGGCUGCUUCACGGCCACAGCUGUCACGCAGUCGUUACCAUCACAGCCACGCAUGUUUCUCAUUGUCCUUUUUUUGUAUGGCUUUUACAAUGUAUGACAUUCAUUAGAUUUUCUUAGGUUUGAUAUAAUUAUUGUUAACAGUGUAGUAAUAUCGAUGGAUCUUUGCUGUAACUUCAUUCCAUUUUAAUAGUUGAUGUAGUUUUUAAAUGUUUUUUACUCUUAGUUUUAAGGUUUUGAUUAUCCUCUUCAACUUAUCUGCAUGAUAAACUGUCUCAAAGCAGAACAAACUGUUUUCCUAUUCAUUCUUAAUGCACAUUUUAAAAUAUGAGAUAAUGUUGUUACAUUUAUAUUGGACACGGUUUUAAACAUUAAAGCAGAAGCUUUAAUACUU